CCUUAAGUGCUUAACUACCUACAGCUCACUCGUACGGAGUACUACACAGCUCCGAUCAGCUAGGACCAACCAACCAUCACGAGAACCAUGGCACCCAACAAGCUCACCACCGUUCUCCUCGCCGCCUGCGCCGUCCUCCUGGCGCUCGCCGCACCACCGCUGGUCGUCGUCGCCGGCGACCCCGACAUGCUCCAGGACAUCUGCGUCGCCGACUACAAAUCCCUUCAGGGCCCGCUGCGGGUGAACGGGUUCCCCUGCAAGCGCGAGGCGAACGUGACGGCGGACGACUUCUUCUUCGGCGGGCUGGCCAAGGCCGCCGACGUGUACACCGGCAACGCGGCGGGGUCGGCGGUGACGGCGGCGGACGUGGAGACGCUCCCGGGGCUCAACACCCUGGGCGUGUCCAUGGCGCGGACCGACUACGCGCCGUGGGGCGGCGUGAACCCGCCGCACGCGCACCCGCGCGCCACCGAGAUCCUCUUCGUCGUGGAGGGCACCCUGGAGGUUGGCUUCGUCACCGCGGCGGCGCCGAGCCGGCUCCUCACCCGCACCGUCUCCGGCGGCGAGGUGUUCGUGUUCCCGCGCGGCCUCGUGCACUUCCAGCGCAGCGUCGGGCCGGCGCCCGCCGUGGCCGUCUCGGCGUUCAACAGCCAGCUGCCCGGCACGCAGGCGGCCGCCGCGGCGCUGUUCGGCGCCGCGCCGGCGGUGCCGACGGACGUGCUGGCGCGGGCGUUCCGGACCGACGCCGGGGUGGUGGAGAGCAUCAGGUCCAAGUUCACGCCCAAGUAG